UCAUUUUGCCAGUAUUUAAAUUACUUUUUUCAGUGAACAAUGCUGAUUCUAUUACUGCAUUUCACCCUGAUAUAUUCAGUUCCAGUACCAAAAGACAACAAAUAUUACAUGGCACUGAAGAAGGGUGGCUACGUUGUUCAAUUUGAGGAAGAUUCAAAAACUAAUCCAUUGCUGCCAAGAAAUGGUAACUAUGAAGCUGAAACAACUCAACCAGUACAUGAAAACCUAGCUCCUCCUGCUAAAACUGAACAUGGAAAAUCACAUAGGUCGUAUGCAAAACAUGGUUCUAAUAAAGAACCAAGAACACUUCCCUCCCUGCAAUAUAAUAGUCCUGCCACAAAAAGCGCAGAAACUACUACAGCUUCAAUAACAACUAGUACUGAGGAAUCAACAGAAAGCACGGAUAAACUUGAUGAUGUAACUACACAAUCUCCUUCUGAUGUAAUAACAACUCUCUCAAGCAAUGAUAAUUUAACUACGCCUGAAUCUCUUGAAAGAGAAAGUCUUAACGAUACAAAAACUUCCACUCAAACUACUCUUGAUGAAGAAACAACAACCCAUCAUGAAACUAAAACUGCUACAUCGCUUGAUGAUGAAACUAAAACACAGUUAUCAUCUGCAGAUGAAUCUACAACACAAACUUCACUUGUAGAGAAAACUUCACCAGAGUCUUCUCUUGCAGAUGAAACUACAACAACAGCUUCACUUGAGGAAGAAAAAACAAAUCAAACAUCUUAUGAGGAUAAAACUACAACCAAAGCUUCUCAGGAAGAAACAACAUCACAAACAUCUGUUGAUAAAGAACCAGGCACCCAAUCUUCUGACAAAUAUGAAACUACGGCAAAAACUUCUCUUGAAAAAGAAAAUGCCACCAAGUCAACUACAGAUGAAGAAGGUGACCAAAAAGCCAAAGUAGAGUACUCAAUGAGCUCACUUACUGUUGAUUACAAACAUGAUUGUGUUGGAGUAAAAUGUGACUGUGAUAGCACUGGAAAGAAUCAAGAUGUUGGUGCUUGUUGUAACUGUACAGAGACAGGGAAUACCUCAAAAACCCCGAGCAGUGAUGGAGAAAGUAAGACUAAAGAUUCCGAAAAUAAUACUGACAAAAUUGAGAACGACGAAGGAAAUAAAACUAAAGAUUCUGAAAGUGAAACUGAAGAAAAUGAGAACGAAGAAGAAAGUUUGACUGAGGAUUCUGAAAAAUCAAAUUCAAAAAGUGAAGCAGUCAAAAAUGAGGAUGUUGAAGAAAAUAAGACAAAAGAUUCUGAAAGUGAAACCAAAGAAAAUGGAGAUGAGGAAAAAGGUUCGACUGAAGAUUAUGAAAGUAAAACUGAAGAAAAUGAUAACGGGGAAGAAAAUGAGAAGACAGAUUCUGAAAAUUCAAAUACUGAAAGUGAAACGGAGGAAGGUUCAACUGAAGAUUCUAAGAAAUCAAAUUCAAAAAAUAGUUCUGACAAAAAUAAGGAUGAUGAAGAAAUUAAGAAAGAACAUAAUUCAGAAGAUUAUAUUGACAAUGGUGAAGACAAAAAAGAUGAUACUGAAAAUGUUGAAUCUAAGAAAUCAGAUAAAAAAGAUGAAAAGAAAAACAAAGAUAAAGAUAAAACUGUAGAUACUAAAUCUAAGAAAUCAGAUAAGAAAGAUAAAAAGAAAAACGAAGACAAAGACAAAACUGAUUCAGAAAAGAAUGGAAAUGAGGAUUCAAAAUCAGAUAAAACGAAAGAUGGUGAUGAUAAGGAUAAUAAUGAUGAUGAAAAAAUUGCCACUCUGAAGGAUAUUGCAAAUACAGUAAAAGAAUUAGUGAAAAUUGCUGCUGAUGCAAUGUAAAUUAUAGAUUACUAAUUAUACAGCAGUAUAUGGUAAAACUAAUUUAUGCCUUACUUCUUAAUUAGAAUUAUUUAUAAUGAAUAUGAAUAAUUCAAAUAAAAUAAAAUCAAUUAUCUAUGCAAAACAA